AUGCAUAUGAACCGAGCACAGGGCACCCUACUGCUGGCUGGCUACAUGACUUACGUAGUGAUGGGUUCCUUCGUCUUUGAGAUUCUGGAGAACGAUAACCACAAAUAUGUAAAAGAGGACAUUUUUCGCCGGAAAGAGGAAUUUCUUUUGAACUACAAAAAUUGCGGGCCAGAAGAGGUGGAGUUAUUCAUAGUGAAACUGAUAAAAGCUACUGAGAUGGGAAUAGAUCCAGUAGGAACCCAGCCUCAUGACAAACAAGGCAGCUGGAAUUUCGCUAAUUCUUUCUUCUUCGUGGGCACAAUGUUAUCCACAGUAGGCUAUGGAUACCUCUGUCCCCGAACGAAAGGAGGCCAGAUUUUUUGUGUUAUUUUUGCUCUCUUUGGAAUUCCCUUCUACCUCAUCUGCUUGAACUAUAUUGGCUCUUUAGUCUCAGGAACCUUCAAAAGCUGUGCAGAUGCAGUAUAUGGAAAGAAAAAAAACAAGAAAUCAGCAAGAUACAUUUUCGUGUUUGUGGUUCUGGGAAUUAUAAUGUUUCUUAUUUUGCCACCAUUCCUCUAUCAAUGGCAGGAGGGGUGGCAGUAUCAUGAAGCUAUCUAUUAUACAUUUAUUACACUCAGCACCAUUGGUUUUGGAGACUAUCUAAUAGGGAGGAACCGUGACAGGAACUAUUUUUUAGGCUACCGGAUGGUCGCAUCCAUUUGGUUCAUCGUUGGUCUGGCCUGGAUUACUGUGUUGUUUGAACUGGUAACAUCAUUACUGGCACCUGUGGAUCAAACAGCAACCUCACAAAAUGUCAGUAGAGGGCAAAAAUAA